AGCUCUAGGAAGCUGAAGUUGUCUGUAGCUGUACAGACACCACCCAGAAUUGCUGAAUAGCAGACGACACUCUCAAUUAAAAGAACGACUAGAUUGCUCGUACUAAACAGAAGCCAACAGAAGUGUUCGAUCCGCCAUCUUACAGAGGCGUACCGACAGAACUCCAACGUAGCAGUACAGCAGUAAUCCCUUCUACAUCAUCAGGAGAGCAAAAGCUGGUGUAAAAUCAGCACAGCAGACGUGUGUGUUCAUCUGACCUUCGGUCUGUUCAUGAGAGCAAAAGCUGGUGUAAAAUCAGCACAGCAGACGUGUGUGUUCAUCUGACCUUCAGUCUGAUCAUUCUGGUCAGAGGAGAAGAUCUUUGAAGACCUCUGAGAAGUGAAACUAAAUCACACAAGAGCUCUUUCUGUUCCUCAACUUUGUGUCCGAGAAGCAGCAAGAUGGCCGGCAAUAAGAGAACUGACUGUGACUGUCCAGAUGACUUAAGUGAGUUGUUUGAGAACAUGAAUAAGAGAUUGCCAAAAGCUAAAAAGACGAUUGAAGAAAAGAGUGGAAGAGCACAAUCUUCAAUCUACAUUAAGAUCCCUGUCUCAGAAUUGUUUGGGGAAUCUGGGAAAGUCAGCCCAGAACAAAGUCGUGCAGUUCAAUGCGUCAAUAAGUUAAUUGAUGGAUGUCCUUCAACACGAGUAAUAAGAACAAAAAAAACGUACGUUAUGUCAUACAACAGAGACACCAAAAACGCUGAAUGGGUGUAUGAGAUACUGAACAACCAGACUGUCAAAGAUACAUUAAAUGAUGAUAUCAAGAUACUAAGUCUUAGUUUUUCCAAAUCACUGAAUCUCAAAGGUUAUGAUCGAGGUCAUCUUGCAGCGGCGGCCAAUCACAGUUGGUGUCAGGAAGCCUAUAAUGACACCUUCUUUUUCAGCAACAUUUCUCCACAGCUGAGCAUAUUGAAUAAUGGCCUGUGGAAAUCUUUGGAGAAAAUGUGUCGCGAUAAAUUAAAAGACAGCAGUAUCCGUAACGUCCAUGUGUACACUGGGCCAAUAUUUAAAGACUCAGAGUCAGACUCUGACUCUGUGAACCAAGAAACAAAUCCCAAAACACAAGAAAGAGAUGCCUCAGGGAAAGCAGUGCCAGAUUCCUUUUUUAAAGUAAUUAUUGUGGAGAUGGAAGAUGGAGAGGUAAUGGAGCCUGAAUGCUACAUGAUUACCAAUAAAAAAGCUGAAUUAAAGCAGGAUAAAGAGGUUCAAAAGGAUGCACAUGCAAAAAACUUAGAAAGUCUGAAGAGCUACCGGACCUUCAUCGAGAACAUUGAGGAAAUCACUAAGCUGACAUUUCAUAUAAAGGAUGAUAAGAAAUACAGAGAGGAGAUCAGGAGUGUGACGUGGACAGGAGAAGAUGGAGGAGGGGAAAUAUGUAGUGCUAAAAUAAAAGUCAGAAUUAACAUCCCAGAAUAAUCAGCACUGAAUAAUAAUAAUAGUAUUAUGACCAAAUGAAGACUCUGAAGAAGAGUUUUUGGUUUGAUCUUCUCUCCGGAGUGCAUUUGCAUAAACCAGGCAUGGGCAAACUCGAUCCUCGAGGGCCGGUGUCGCUGCAUAGUUUUGCACCAACCCUAAUCAAACACACCUGCUUGUAGCUUUCUAGUGAUCUUGAAGACACUAAUUAGGGUGUUCAGGUGUGUUUGAUUAGUGUUGGAGCAAAACUCUGCAGGGACACCGGCCCUCGAGGAUAGAGUUUGCCCAUGCCUGGCAUAAACCUUUUUUCUUGUCCUUCCAUUAUUUACUCAUAGAAAACAUGUUUAUCAAUAUUAACACAGUUAGAUUUUGGGGACAGGAUGUUCCUCACAUAAAUGCUAAGGUCAGUGUGUGUGUGUGUGUGUGUGUGUGUGUGUGUGUGUGUGUGUGUGUGUGUGUGUGUGUGUGUGUGUGUGUGUGUGUGUGUGUGUGUGUGUUCAGUGGUGUAAUCCUAAAAAAAAUAGGUGGUGUACUAUUAUCCCCCCAAUCCAAA